AUGGACAACAUCACCGUCUUCCAGCUCCCCCGCCACGACCAACGAGGGUCUUGUCUGUUCGAUACCCUCCCAGGCGAAGUGCGUGACAGGAUUUGCACCUUCGCGCUGAACUGCUACGAGUCUACCAAGCUCGCGAACAAAUGGGACAUCGACAGCUCGUAUGUGCGGCCGGGCUACAGGGCUCCUCAUGUGGCUGACACGGCUCUGCUUCGCACGUGCCAGCGCGUGUACACGGAGAACUGGUUCCGACCCUGGGUCAGCGCGACGCACACUUUUUACCUGGCUUGGGUGGGUCGUCGACCGGACGAUCGACAGCGGGUCACGGUCGAAGAGUUCCAGCCAUGCCUCGACCGGCUCUGCGCGGCCCAUGGGCCGGUGGAAAUCGCCCACGUGAGGUUGUUUGCACAGCUGUGCUACCUGGAAGACGGCGACAAGCUGAGCGCGAUUAUGGGGAUGAACCAUUUCUUCCCCCGCAAGAUCACGGUGACGAUCCGCCACCAUGAUUGGUGGUCCUGGGAGAGGGAUUGGCGCCUGUGCAUCAACUCGGCGUGGGUCGAAGAGUGCCGCUUCCCGGAUAGUCUGCAGGAGCUGUGCGUCGAGCUCGAGAGCCUGCAGCGGAAGAAGGAUCAAGUCGAUUGGAUGGCCAGGCGGAUGGCGAAGAAGUGGCACUUCAAGAAGCGCGAUGGGAGCAUCAUGUCCGCCGCCAUGGAAGACUGCAAGGUGAGCUCCUGGAGCGGGAGUUCCACCUGGGAAGGCGAGCGCUGGUUGAGGGACGAGACCAAGCUGGGGGUAAACGAGUACUACGUCAAGACGAUUACCUGGAGGCCUGACAGGGCGAGAACUCUGCGACCAAGACCCGAAGAUUUGACUGUUCCGAGUCGUUUCCCGGCCAUCACGGACAGCCGUCCAUUCAUUCACAUCUGGCAUUUGCGGCGCGCAGGUAUCCCACUGGACUUAUCGCCUGGGGAGACUUUGCGACUCGCGCAGGAGUGGGAGGCACGGUGGGCUGUGGAGGCAGACGUACACUACGUUGACGAGGGAAUGGAGGAGGAGCAGGGAGAGGAGGACGAGGACGAGCAGGAGCAAGAAGAAGAAGAGGAGGAGGAGGAGCAGGAGGAGCGGGAGCAAGGGGAGCAGCAGGAGGCUCAAGAGGAGGAGCAGGGGCCGCAGGAAGAAGAGCAAUUUGAGGUUCUGGAUGAGAGCGAAAGCGAGGAGGAUGGUGAUGAAUAG